AAUUUACUGGUCUCGUUAGUCUAUUUCGCGCUGGUUUAGCUCUUUGGAGUGUCAGGCCAUCGACAAUUUUUGUUAAUUACAGUUAACUUAUGUGCAUAUAUUAAGCCAUAUUCACCGUGGAAGCCCCCGUGGAGUCCAGUUUUAACACGUGCGCGGAUAACAUAAAUUUAUACAGGCGUGGACCAUGGCGCAGAAUGCUAAACUCGCCGAUGAACCAGUGGUAGAUUCCGGUGCUCGAUACCAUGCUAGCGAACCGUCUCAGGACGAAAUCGCGGGUCAUCGCUCGAAACCCACGAUGCUUAUUGGGCUCCCGUCUACUGAGGGUGGAGCAGCCACUAGUACGCUACACGGACUCAGCUCAGCCGGUUCAUCAUCCCAUCGACACCGUCGUAGACGAAAGCGGGUCACCAGCCAGGACAGGGAAACCGAUCCGAGCGCCCCUCCCGCUGAUCCAAGUGAGUACGUGAUGUUCCUGCUAGGCGAAUGCGAUGGUGAUGAAGAGCAACCACAUCACCUGUUUUGUGAACUCGACGAACUUUGGAACGAUCUGUCCGGUUCCGGUGAAACCGAGUGGCGCGAGGCGGCACGCUGGAUCAAAUUCGAGGAGGACGUUGAAGAGAACGGAGAACGUUGGUCCAAGCCUCAUGUUGCCACCCUUCCCCUAUUCUCUUUGUUUGAAUUGCGGAAUUGUCUUGCAACCGGUGUAAUGAUGCUCAAUUUGGAGGCUUUCACAAUGGAACAGAUUGCAGAUCUUACACUCAAUAUUUUGGUAUCCGAGGGACGCGUUCCACCAGAUCUUCGGGAAAGUCUUACGGAACUACUACUUCGUCGUCACGUUCAUUUGCACGAACGACAUCGCCCGAAGUUGUCUACCCGAGCUGCAUCCAAUAUACCACUCAUUCGCUCGCUCGCCGAUAUUGGUAAACGAUAUUCAUCGAAAGAAGUGGACAAGGAGAUCACUAGCCAAACUUCUUUGGCCAAAAUCUCCACGUACGGUGGGAUGGAUAGUCUGGAUCCGGGAUUGGCGGCUCACGUGGCUGCACAUGCUCAGGCUUCUGGACCGUCCGAAGUGAUGUCUGGUAGCCUUCAGGGAAAAUACGAUCUACAUUUCCUCAAAAAAGUCCCUCCCGGUUCGGAAACCUCAAAUAUUCUUGUUGGUGAGACAACUUUCCUACCCGCGCCCAUCACCGUCUUUAUUCGUCUCCGUGAAGCCGUGCUUCUCGGUGACCUGACUGAAGUUCCCGUCCCCACUCGUUUCCUGUUCAUCCAUCUCGGGGUUUUGGGACAUGCAGCCAAGUAUCGGGAGAUUGGACGUUCAAUGGGUGUGCUAAUGUCCGAUGACGUAUUCCAUGAUGUGGCAUACAAGGCGAAAUCUCGCGCGGACUUCUUGGCCGGAUUGGAUGAAUUUCUAAGCGCUGCCACUGUUCUACCUCCUGGAGAAUGGGAUCCAUCGAUACGUAUCGAGCCACCCGCAUCGAUCCCAUCUCAGGAUAGCAGAAAGACCGGUACUUCACCUAAUGGUAACCAAGCCUCCGGGCAGAACGCCACCACUGUACCGGUGACACAAACGGACUCGGUAAACGUGGUGGAGCAGUUGACCGCCGGUGGUGAUCGUUUGGCAGGUCUUUGUUUGGCUGCCGUUGGUAGUGCAACCCUUCUGACGCAACAAACGGAAGAGAAGUCCAAGGGCGAAGUGGUCAAAUCCGUUGGAAGUCGACCCGAAUUGGUCUCACUCGAGGCACUUGGAGGCACAGGGGCUGACGAUGCGCCUGGAGGUCACGGAAACGAUCCAGCGCUACAACGCACUGGAAUCAUAUUCGGUGGUCUCGCCCGCGAUAUUCGUCGUCGAGCUCCGCACUACUUGAGUGACUUCACGGAUGCCCUGCAUGUCCAGUGCUGUGCCAGUUUCAUUUUCCUCUACUUUGCUUGCCUCACUCCGAUCAUCACAUUCGGUGGUCUUCUGUCGCAAGCUACAGGUGGUUACUUGGGUACAAUUGAAAGCAUCCUGUCCGGCGCAGUUGUCGGUAUUCUGUACUCACUGUUCUCCGGACAACCACUCACCAUCAUGGGCAGUACUGGACCUGUGCUGAUUUUUGAAGGCAUAGUUUAUCGGAUGUGCCAACGCUUGGUAUGGUCAUAUCUCAGCUUCCGAUUGUGGAUCGGUUUCUGGGUUUCCUUGAUGCUUCUCAUUAUGGUCGCAUUGGAUUUGAGCGCUUUGGUCAAGUAUAUCACGCGCUUCACGGAAGAAUCAUUUGCCACCCUGAUUGCACUUAUCUUCAUCAUCGAGGCACUGAAGAAGAUUUACGCUGUGUCCAAGUACUACAAAGUCAACUUAGGAUGGUCGCCCGAGGCACUUCCACACCACAACUGUACGUGUGCACCUCCCGAAAAUUCGACAGAUUACGAUGUUCUGUCUGCAAUGUACACGAAGCAUCCGCUGGUAGACGUCCCACUGAUCACGUCCAACAACACUCAAAUUUGCAUAAGCGCCGCGGAUGUGGACGAGGCACAGUUUGUUUCGAUGACAAUCGAUUGGAAUAACAUCUCUGCAGGUCGCUUUUCAUGGGAUUCGUUGCAAUUCCGAAAAGUGUGCACCUUUUUGAACGGAACGUGGACAGGUGCGGACUGCGUCCCGUUCUACGUGCCUGACGUGUUCUUCCUCUCGUGCAUCCUAUUUAUCUUCACGUUUGCUAUCGCUGUCUACCUAAAAUCAAUGCGAACCUCAUUAUUCUUCCCGGCUCGAGUACGUGCAACAAUUUCAGACUUUUCAGUGGUUAUAGCGAUCGCGCUGACUACACUGACGGACUUCUUUCUCGGUUUACACACGCCAAAAUUAGAGGUUCCUCAUGAAUUUUCACCAACCGUCGGCUACCGGCGACGAGGCUGGAUAAUCCCUGCAUUUAACGGAAAUCCCUGGUGGUCUGCUCUUGUUGCCCUCGGUCCAGCCUUGGUUGCAACCAUUCUCAUUUUCAUGGACCAGCAAAUCACAGCUGUUAUCGUGAAUCGUCGAGAAAACAAACUCAUAAAAGGUGCGGGCUAUCACUUGGACCUUCUACUUGUUUCGGUUACCAUCAUGAUCAACUCGAUUUUGGGGAUCCCCUGGUUCGUGGCGGCUACCGUUCUGUCCAUCAAUCACGUCCUGUCUCUCAAAAAAGAGUCGGAAGCAAGUGCUCCUGGGGAGCGACCUGUUUAUCUUGGUUGCAGAGAGCAACGUGUCACUGGUGUACUGAUAUUCCUGUUCAUUGGACUCUCCGUAUUUAUGACUAGUCUGUUGGGCCGCAUCCCAAUGGCAGUACUCUACGGAAUUUUCCUCUUCAUGGGUAUAUCCUCGCUGGCCGGCGUGCAAAUGAUUCAGCGUAUUGGUCUGAUCUUUAUGCCAAUCAAAUAUCAACCAGAUUACUCCUAUUUGAGACAUGUUCCUCUUCGUCGUGUUCACAUGUUCACCGCGAUCCAAGUGACCUGUUUGGUGAUGCUCUGGGUGAUCAAAUCGGUGGAUGCCGUCGCCAUUCUAUUCCCCAUCAUGGUGUUGGCCAUGUGUUUCAUCCGCAAAGCUCUCGAUUUCAUCUUUACGCAAGAUGAACUCAAAUGGCUGGAUGAUAUUUUGCCUGGAAACAAGGCAAAGAAUCGACCGCGCAACGUCUAUCGAGUGAGAAGUUCAAACGAUGUGCUAAAGGACGACAGACACCUGCUUGGUAGUGGCCUACAGCUAGAACAAAUACCCGAAAAGCGCAUUAACAUCGCUGAAGAGGUUGCAAAAACAUCUAUCUGGCGUCAGCUGAGUGGUGGAAACGUGAAGGACACUUUGAAAUCUCACACAAAAACGAAAUCAAAGGAUUCUGGCAAGCGAGGUCGUCGCCGGAAGACGCGCGACAGUGUGAAUGCCGAUGGGCCCAAUCCCAAGAUUCUGGGGGUUGAUCAGGAGUCAGUAGAUGAUGGCGCUGAAGUCAAGACCAAGCCAGUAUUGUUCUCGAUUGACCCUUUGGGUCGACCACUUUCCAUGGAUCCAUUGGCUGAGCGAAGCACACCAAAUGCCCCUUGGGAUGCUGGGAAUGACAGUCCGGGACAUGGUGCUGUCGAUUCUAGCCACAUUUUAAAAACGAAAUCAAAGGAUUCUGGCAAGCGAGGUCGUCGCCGGAAGACGCGCGACAGUGUGAAUGCCGAUGGGCCCAAUCCCAAGAUUCUGGGGGUUGAUCAGGAGUCAGUAGAUGAUGGCGCUGAAGUCAAGACCAAGCCAGUAUUGUUCUCGAUUGACCCUUUGGGUCGACCACUUUCCAUGGAUCCAUUGGCUGAGCGAAGCACACCAAAUGCCCCUUGGGAUGCUGGGAAUGACAGUCCGGGACAUGGUGCUGUCGAUUCUAGCCACAUUUUGUCUAUGCCUCAAAUCACCAUCAAUCCGCCAUCAACGCACGGCUCACCAGAGACAACACAUCGCAACAUUACCCACAACUAGAUAUGGAUAGAACACACUUUGAAGGGGCAGCAUUUAUGUAUUGCUCCCUUGAAUGCGGUCCACACACACACAACUAUGCGUGUGCAUGGCCCUCCACUCAUCAAUAGCUGAUCGCCUCCGUUACCUGACUCUCUACAAAACCAAGAGUGCUCAUUCGAAUCGCGCCAUCUGUUUGUUUCUUUUUCUACUGUUAUUUUUGUAGCAUCCACCCCGUUCAACCUGUUUCGUACUUUGACCACCACUGCUCCUCUCACUAGUUCUACCACUGUCAUCUACUAGAUGAAAAUUUUGCUAGAUUUAUCACUGUAAUUGUGACGUUUGAACAGAACUACUAAUCACAUAGAUAUCAACUUAUGGAGACACGUGACUGGUGGCCGUUGCGCGGUUUCACACGGCCCAUAAAACAAGCCACUUUAUCCCCUCUCUAUUGUAAAACGAUUGUUUUUCUUUAGGCUCUACUUAGAGCAUCUUGCCUCGGUCCGUUUGGGUCCAUUGAUGUCAAUUCCUUAUCAUCAGUAGAGCAGCAUUUUGCUAGAAUGAACCUUACUCCUUCCGGGUAGUGUUUUACGUUGAUGCUGCUCACACACUACUUAUCAGCGCUGGAGAUAGUUCAUCGCUCUUCACUUGCGUACGAUUGCCAUACGGACCUUCCUACGACUUCUGUCAUUAUCACCACUGUUGUUUUAAUACAGUCAAAAAUAUUCUUACUAUUUUGAAACCUUCUCCCGUCCCCACUUGUGAUGCAUCGGUUGCCUCUGUUCCGCACGCAGCGUAUGUGUAUACUCAGCUGCCGAAUCGCUCCUGAUGAUUUGAAAAGAAGAACGGCGUUUGUUUCCGGUUGCUAGCUCAUGACUGUGGACCAAUGCCACUUGAAAUCUGCAUUGCUACAACCAGAAAUCUUCAGAGUUUGUCAACCAAUGCCAUUUGCGCCCACACAAUCCUUGAACUGGAUAGCCUUUCGGCACUUCCGCCUGCUCCUACACGACGUCUCGGUCUGGUCCUGUCCCAAAAUUUUGUGAUAUUUCCGGUCGUAUUAGUUUGGUUGCAUAUAGAUGAAUCCUUCCCGCCUCGUUUCCCUUACGUUUAUCGCUUGCACACUCAAUAAACUCUGAUCUGCCGUAUAUCAAUCCAUUUGUUUAUUUACUUGAAGCAGUUCANCUAUGCGUGUGCAUGGCCCUCCACUCAUCAAUAGCUGAUCGCCUCCGUUACCUGACUCUCUACCAAAUCAAGAGUGCUCAUUCGAAUCGCGCCAUCUGUUUGUUUCUUUUUCUACUGUUAUUUUUGUAGCAUCCACCCCGUUCAACCUGUUUCGUACUUUGACCACCACUGCUCCUCUCACUAGUUCUACCACUGUCAUCUACUAGAUGAAAAUUUUGCUAGAUUUAUCACUGUAAUUGUGACGUUUGAACAGAACUACUAAUCACAUAGAUAUCAACUUAUGGAGACACGUGACUGGUGGCCGUUGCGCGGUUUCACACGGCCCAUAAAACAAGCCACUUUAUCCCCUCUCUAUUGUAAAACGAUUGUUUUUCUUUAGGCUCUACUUAGAGCAUCUUGCCUCGGUCCGUUUGGGUCCAUUGAUGUCAAUUCCUUAUCAUCAGUAGAGCAGCAUUUUGCUAGAAUGAACCUUACUCCUUCCGGGUAGUGUUUUACGUUGAUGCUGCUCACACACUACUUAUCAGCGCUGGAGAUAGUUCAUCGCUCUUCACUUGCGUACGAUUGCCAUACGGACCUUCCUACGACUUCUGUCAUUAUCACCACUGUUGUUUUCAGUCAGUCAAAAAUAUUCUUACUAUUUUGAAACCUUCUCCCGUCCCCACUUGUGAUGCAUCGGUUGCCUCUGUUCCGCACGCAGCGUAUGUGUAUACUCAGCUGCCGAAUCGCUCCUGAUGAUUUGAAAAGAAGAACGGCGUUUGUUUCCGGUUGCUAGCUCAUGACUGUGGACCAAUGCCACUUGAAAUCUGCAUUGCUACAACCAGAAAUCUUCAGAGUUUGUCAACCAAUGCCAUUUGCGCCCACACAAUCCUUGAACUGAUAGCCUUUCNUCGGCACUUCCGCCUGCUCCUACACGACGUCUCGGUCUGGUCCUGUCCCAAAAUUUUGUGAUAUUUCCGGUCGUAUUAGUUUGGUUGCAUAUAGAUGAAUCCUUCCCGCCUCGUUUCCCUUACGUUUAUCGCUUGCACACUCAAUAAACUCUGAUCUGCCGUAUAUCAAUCCAUUUGUUUAUUUACUUGAAGCAGUUCAUUAAAC